AUGGAUUAAAAUUAUAUUGAUAAAUAAGCUAAAUAAGGAAAAGUGAUUGUUGUAAUAAAGAAAUUAGUAUAUGAUUUAACAGAAUUCAAAACUCGACAUCCUGGAGGCUUUAAGAUUUUAGAAAAAUAUAAUGGAUAUGAUGCCACAAGACAGUUUGAAGUUUUGGUUAGGCAUAGUUAGAAGGCGUAAGAGAUGAUGAAAGAAUUUGUCAUUGACUCUUUUCAAGAUCGAAAAUAAAAGGUCACUUGGGAGUUUAUUAGAUCGAAUGAAGAAAAACUAUAUGUUGUUAUCGAAAAUAAUUUAUAUGAUUGCACUGAAGUAUGAAAAGGUAAUAUUUUAGUUUGUUGAUAAUCAUCCUGGAGGGAAAGAAAUUUUGGAGUUGUAUAAAAAUUAAAAUGCUACAGAAGCAUUUAAAUAACUUGGACAUAGUAAAGAAGCUAGAGAAAAAAUGAAUCUGUAUAAAAUUGGUGAAUUAGAACACAAAGUAAUAUGAAUCCUAUUAUAGAAAGCAGAAGGAAAUUCCUAAAAAUGGCUUUUAUUUUUAAUUGGAGUGGUAGUUGCUUAUAUUUAUAAGAGUUUUUUUCAUUGA